AUGGAUCUGGGCAACCGCAAGUCGGUGAGAAAAAAGGGUGGUGACCCUGGGAGAACAGAGGAGGCAGACAGGGGUCAUCAUUCCAGCCAAGGAGGUGAGGCCAAAUCAACAACUCCUGAAAAUGGGGCAAUUGAGGAAGGUGCAAUGCUUAUUGGGGAAGCUGUGGAUUACCCAACAAGUCAACGGCGUAAAGAGAUGGCCAGUACUAGCACUCUUCCCAAUCCAGGAAAUGAAAAACAUUCAAUUGAGCAGAGAGCAGUUGGAGAAGAUCAUAAUGGGGCAAUUGAGGAAGGUGCAAUGCUUAUUGGGGAAGCUGUGGAUUACCCAACAAGUCAACGGCGUAAAGAGAUGGCCAGUACUAGCACUCUUCCCAAUCCAGGAAAUGAAAAACAUUCAAUUGAGCAGAGAGCAGUUGGAGAAGAUCAUAAUGGGGCAAUUGAGGAAGGUGCAAUGCUUAUUGGGGAAGCUGUGGAUUACCCAACAAGUCAACGGCGUAAAGAGAUGGCCAGUACUAGCACUCUUCCCAAUCCAGGAAAUGAAAAACAUUCAAUUGAGCAGAGAGCAGUUGGAGAAGAUCAUCUAGAAAACUUGAUAAUGGUGGGAAAGACCUCAAAGCCAAUGGACCUGAACCAGAAGUUGAAGUACAUCUAG